AUGACGUCUACUAUGACCCCUUUCAAGAGACUUCUUCAGGAUUCUUUGCAGGACGACGUGUUCUCUUCGCUGAUACUCUUCGCCAAACGUCUUGAUGGAUCCGAUAUCGUAUCCGAAUGCCUAGGCGGGCCAUCGCCAUCAUGGCCCAAUCAAGCCCCCAUCGACAAAGACACCGUCUUUACGCUAGCUUCCUGCUCGAAGCUCCCACUCACAGUAGCCGUAUUACAGCUUGUAGAGAAACGGCUCCUCGCACUAGACACAGAUGUGAGCUCCAUGCUCCCAGUUCUGGGACGUCAGAAAGUCCUGGCUGGCUGGCAGCCAGACGGCUCACCCAUUCUCAACGAGCGUCGCAACCCAAUAACCCUUCGCCACCUUUUGACACACUCCGCUGGCACGAGCUACUACUUCCAAAACAAAGACCUAAAACGGCUUCGAAGUCUCAGAGGAAACCUCCCAGCUACCUUGGAGCCCACUAUUGAAGAGCGUUACGACGACCCGCUCCUCUUCGAACCGGGCGAGGGUUGGGACUAUGGUUGUGGGCCAGAUUGGGCGGGCAAACUGAUAGAGCAGCUCACCGGAAUGUCUCUGGAAAAAUACCUGAUACUACACGUGUGGGCACCCCUGGGAGCAUCUAGCUUCACCUUCUGGCCAAACGCAGAGGGGAAAGGUCACAAGGUCGCCACCCUCACGGAAAGAAACGUAACUACCGGGAGACUCGAGGUGCAUCCUGAUGUCCUGACCUUGAAUCAAGGAGUGGACAUGGAGUGCUUCGGAGGCCAUGGGGCUUACUGCAGCGCAGGAGACUACAUGGAGCUCAUCUUUUCCAUCUUCAGCAACGACAGGCGUGUGCUCAAGCCCGAUUCUGUGGAGAUGAUGUUUCAGGCCAACUUGUCGGACCAAAGCAGAGCAGCUCUGCAAGCUGACUUCGACAGGCGAAAACUUACCAUUGGCGACUUCUACCGCGGCGAGGUCUACAAUUGGGGAUUGGGAGGAAUGUUGAUCGACGGCCGUCGUUCCGAGGCGGAGUGCCCCCGGGGACCAAAUACUUUGGCAUGGGGUGGUGGAACGAACCAAUUUUGGUUUAUUGAUCGAACCAACGGCUUCUGUGGUCUCAUCAUGUCUCACGUCCUCCCACCUCAAGACCCUCAGAUCGAGGAAAUCAUUGGCGCAUUUCAACGACAUGUGUACACGUCAAACAAUGAUUAUGGUUUCCGAAGCUUUUUGUGA